AUGCCGCUGACUGUCCUCAUCACCGGGGCCACCGGAAAACAAGGCGGCAGCGUGAUACAAGCACUUCUCGAUCAAAAUGCCGACUUUGAAAUAUUGGCCGUAACUCGAGAUACUUCCUCCAACAGUGCCCAGAGACUUCAAAGCAAGUCCUCGAAUAUCAAACUUGUUCAAGGCAAUCUCGACCAGGCAGAGGAUAUUUUCAUAUGUGCUCAGAGGGUUGCAUCGAGCCCUAUCUGGGGCGUUUUCAGUGUUCAGGUUCCUGUUCCGGGUGGAUCAAACCAUGAUGCAGAGGAGAAACAGGGUAAAGGGCUGAUUGACGCUGCUCUUAAACACAACGUCAAGUUUUUCUUAUACUCAUCCGUCGAUCGAGGUGGCGAAUCCUCGUUUGAGAGCCCUACGCCGAUUCCACACUUUAUCAGCAAGCACAAUAUCGAGCACUACCUUGUUCGAAGGGCAAAAAGCUCCGGCAUGGAUUGGACGAUUCUACGCCCAGUGGCAUUUAUGGAAAACUUCACCCCAGACUUUUUCGGCAAGGUUUUCACGACAUCGUGGAAAAUCGCUGUCAAAGAUAAGCCUUUGCAGUUAAUCUCAACUAGAGAUAUUGGGUUCUUUGGCGCGAAGGCUUUUCUCUCCCCGGACCAUUACAAGGGAAAGACCUUGUCGCUUGCAGGUGAUGAGCUCACUUUUAAUCAAAUGACUGAGAUUUUCAAUUCCAAAACCGGAAAGAAUGUACCGAUGACUUUUGAAUUUGUUAGCAAGAUUCUCAUGUCGAUGAUGAAAGAUCUAGGCUACAUGUUCCAAUGGUUCUACGAUGUUGGAUAUGGUGCGGACAUCUCUGCGCUGAAAAAAACGAAUCCUCACCUGAAAGAUUUCAAGACAUGGCUGGAGGAAGAGAGUGGAUUUGACACUAAAUAG